CUAGUCUGUCAGGCUACCUACGACCGAGUGAAUAAAACAUACAAAAACAGUACAUAAAUGGCAUAUGAAUUGUAAUUUAGUUGAAUUUAUGAGAUAAAAUUGAAAAUGAGUAUAUGUUUAGUGCCUUAGAAUAAUUAAAUCGCACUGAAAAUAUUUCUAUUAAUUUCAUCAUGGCAAGCUCUAUCAUAUUGGCUGGUUUAGGUAUGGCUGCGGUGGGUUUUGCUGGCCGAUACGUUCUCAGACAAAUUCCUAAUGCUUCAACGAAAUUUUCAGAGGCUAUAAAGAACUUGCCAAAAUUUGAUAGUGAAACUUUAGUAAAUUCCAAAUAUUAUAAAGGUGGAUUUGAAUCUAAAAUGACAAAACGAGAAGCAGCUCUAAUUUUAGGUGUCAGUCCUACAGCUUCUAAAGCAAAGAUACGAGAAGCCCAUAGAAGAAUAAUGUUAUUAAAUCAUCCAGAUAAAGGUGGCUCACCUUUGAUUGCUGCUAAAAUUAAUGAAGCAAAGGAUGUCUUAAAAAGUGGGAAAUCAUAGAACAAUCAUCAAUUUCAGAAUAAAUAUUACUAGUUAUUAAUUUAUAGAUCCAAGUAAAUAUUAUAAUAAGUUCUUUGUACAGAGCGAGCAAUCAUUUCUAUAUAUUAUCAAAUUAAAAACAUCUUUUACUUAUCAAUAGUUUAUAAUAUGUAUAAAACUAUCAUAUUAUUUACUUAGUCUCUUUAGCUGUUUUUUUUUUAAUAGUUCUGAAAUAGUUAAAAUUAUAAAGUAGUUCUAUCUUACA